CAGCCGUCUGUUUGCGCAUGCGCUGAACGGAACCGGUGUCGCAGGUAGCGUUGUUUGUUAGCAUGCAAACUUUCAUUAACCUGUUUUUCUGACUUUUAAUAGUUAUUUGAUAUUUAAUAACUUUCUAACGUCUCCUCGGAAACAGGAGAUGGCAGACCGUGCACCCUCUGUUGCCAUGGAGGCUGUCCUCAAACCUAGUUGCAACCUCCCAGAAGAUAUGCCAAAGAUCCGAGGCUAUGACUUUAAUCAGGGGGUUGAUCUAAAGGCAGUGAUAAAAUCCUACCUCACCACAGGCUUCCAGGCUAGCAGCUUGGGUUUGGCCAUCCAGGAAAUCAACCGCAUGAUUGAGAAGAGGCUCGAGCCGGCGGAGGAAAACGAAGGGAAAGAACAGAAAGAAUUUGAUAAUUCCUCCUGCAAAUCAGGUUGCACCAUCUUCCUGGGUUACACCUCCAACCUCAUCAGCUCCGGGAUCAGAGAGAGCAUCCGUUAUCUUGCAGAACACAGAAUGGUGGAUGUGAUCGUCACCACAGCUGGAGGCAUAGAGGAGGAUCUGAUCAAGUGUCUGGCUCAUACCUACUUGGGAGACUUUAAUCUGCCUGGCAAGGAGCUCCGUCUAAAAGGCAUCAACAGGAUAGGAAAUUUGUUGGUGCCCAAUGAUAACUACUGUAAGUUUGAGGACUGGCUGAUACCCAUUCUGGACCAGAUGCUGUUGGAGCAGAACACAGAAGGCAUUUGUUGGACUCCAUCGAAAAUGAUCCAUAGGCUUGGAAAGGAGAUCAAUAACCCUGACUCUGUCUACUACUGGGCCUACAAGAAUGACAUUCCAGUAUUCAGUCCUGCUCUGACUGAUGGUUCUCUGGGUGACAUGCUCUACUUCCACUCCUAUAAGAAUCCUGGCUUAGUGUUGGACAUAGUCGAAGAUAUCAGGAAGAUAAACAGCCAGGCGGUCUAUGCCAAGCGGACAGGAAUGAUCAUCCUGGGAGGUGGCCUGGUCAAACAUCACAUAGCUAAUGCUAACCUUAUGAGGAAUGGAGCUGACUAUUCUGUUUAUGUAAACACUGGUCAGGAGUUUGAUGGAUCUGACUCUGGGGCCCGACCUGAUGAGGCAGUGUCCUGGGGAAAGAUUAGAACUGACGCCAGACCCGUCAAGGUGUAUGCAGAUGCCUCCUUAGUUUUCCCUUUGAUUGUGGCUGAGACCUUCGCACUCCACGCCGACAAGUUGAAUGCUGGCAAGAAGACAGAUUAAAUGUUUUCCUCCUCACAUGAUUGUUAGAAACCACAACCGGCUUUGUACCUCUGGCUCUUCCCGUCUUUGUCUUUUUGAAAAUCUAAGUUUAUGAUCUUCUGAACCUUCGCGCUGAAAACACCAUUAAGACCGAGCACUUUUCCAGGUCAGCGUUACAGUGAAACCUUGAAGCUGUGAAAUGGAAUGCUCGUAAACAGCAGACACCAGUGAGAAAUUCCUCUUAAUGCUUUCCAUACCGAUAUUUACAUGUUAAAACAAGUACUGUUUUCUUUGUGUUCAGACGGCCGAAAUAGCGCCAUAGUGUGCUAUAGCAUGUACCAAAGAGACUGUUCAGAAGGCGGUGGGGUCUAAGGUGUGUGGAUGAGGGCAUUUUAGUUUUUGUUUUUUUUUUAAGUUAAGUUUAAUUGUUGUGUGAUGGGUUUUAUAUGAACUCUUGCUGCAUCUUACAUACUAGAGCCAGGUCCAUAAGUAUUUGGACAGACACCAUUUUAGUAAUUUUGGCUUUGACUUAAAUCGCUUCAGUUGCAUCUUGAUUGGUAUACAAAGGGUUCGCCAAAAAUAUCACAUUUUCCAAACCUGUAAGUAAUUGGACAAACUAAAGAUUAUUUUUAAUACAAAUCAUCACUUUCACAGCCAUCGUUUAACUUUGGACAAGUUAGAGGAUGGAUGUACAUGAACAUGUCCAAGUCACUGAAUAUGUCUUGGAUUUACAUUCAUCAUUAACAUAUAUAAACUGUAUAUUACCAUAUGGUAAGUUUGUCUGGAGAGGUUGAUUCUCAAAAACUGAGUGACUGCGAGAAGAAGAUGAGUGAGGGAAGCCACUAAGAAACCCACACAACUCUGAAGGAGUGAUAGGAUUCUCUGGCUCUGAUUGUAGAAGCUGUACAUAGUGCAACUUCUGGCUGUUGCGUCACCAGUUAUACAGCUUCAUGGUGAACUGGGGCAGACAAGUAUUUUUCAAAAGUUGUGAAAUCUCACCUAGUUUGCCAGAAGUUACAAGAAAGACUCUAGCCUAGAUUUGAUCUUUUUACAUGUGUUAAAAUGCGUCUCUGUGCCACUUCAUUAUGAAGCUGUAUAAGUGGUGACGCAACAAACCAGAUUUGCACUAUACACAGUUUCUCCAAUUACAGCCACUGAAGCCAAGAACAACUUCAAAGUUGUCCAGGGUGUGUUGAUGGCAUCCUCUAUAUCUAUCCUCUGACUUGCUUAAAGAAAACUGCCUGUAAAAAUUGUUUGGAAAAAAAUAGUAAUAUUUGCUCUGUCCAGUUACUUCUCGCCUCUAAAAAUUGAAGUGAUUGUGCAUACAAAUGACUAAAUGGUAAAAGCUGAAAGUCAACACUACAAGCAGAUCUUGAUCAUUUCAUUCCAGCUCCAUUAUGGUGGUACAUGGAGGCAAAAGUAAAAAAAAAAAAAAAAAAAAAAUACUCACCCAACUCUAUAGCUACCUUCCUCCUAGUUAGGAAGGAAAAUGUUGCUGUGAGCUCAGUACAAAUGUAAAAAAAAUGAUUCUUCUUUUUCAGUGAGACUUUAGAUCAUGAAUACAACAGAUUUUACAAUGAUAAAUUUAAAAAAAAAAUGCACAAUGGUUUCCUCAUGUUGUCUUUUCAUUGUGGAUUACAAUGUCUUUGGUCA